AUGUCUAACGGACUGUCCUUUGGCGGCGUCAAUGGCAUGCGGCGCGGUUUUCCGCAGCAGCAAAAUGCUACGGCCAACAAACCGCCGACGUCCCUUUCGCACGGUGGACCUUAUCAGGCGUUCCACCAACAGCAGCAAGCUUCGUCGCCUCGCAGCAGCCUCAGCAUCAACAGCAUGCGCAACACGCACAGCAGCACGUCCAGCAUCAACAGCAUCAACAACAUCCACAACAUACCCAGCAUGCUCAGCAUCUGCAACACGCGCAGCACCAGCAACACGCGCAGCAUGCUGCUCAGCACAAUCAGCACGGGCAACACAACCAGCACGUGCAGCAUAAUCAGCAUCAGCAGCAUCAACAACACCAUCAGCAUGCAGCGCAUUCGCAGCUGCCGCAACAUUCGCAGCCCCCCGCUAUCUCAGUCGCCUAUCCCCCCGGCACAACACAUUCAGCAGGCGCAAAAGGUGCAGCACAAUGUCCAGCACCAGGUCCAGCAGCAACACCAACAACACCAGCAGCACCAACAGCAUCAGCAACAACAGCAAGCCCAACACCAGCAGCAACAGCAGAUGCAGCAGACGCAACAGGUUCAUAAAGCCCAAAAAGCGCAGCACGCUCAGCAGCAGGCGCAAGCGCAAGCGCAAGCGCAGGCGCAAGCGCAAGCGCAAGCGCAGGCGCAGGCGCAGGCACACGCACAGGCACAGGCUCAAGCCCAGGCGCAAGCACAAGCACAAGCCCAGGCUCAAGCUCAAGCUCAGGCACAGGCGCAAGCUCAGGCGCAAGCUCAGGCGCAGGCUCAGGCACAGGCUCAACAGGCCCAGCAGGCCGCCCAGCAGCUGCAGGUGCAGAAGACGGUCCAGGCCCACCAGAAAGCGCCACAUGCGUCUCCGACGCCUCCACCACCGAAACCCGAUGCUACAGCACCUCCUGCACAGGAGGAACAAAAUGAGGAGGAAAUGGAGGUGGACAGUUCCGCAAACGAAGCGGCGGGAGCGGACGGUCAGGCCGAUAAAAACGCGGAUGGCAAUGUCCCGUUCGUGCCGCGCCAACCAAUGGGCGCCCUUAUGUCUGCUCCGCCCGAAGGUGGCAGUUUCCCCUCACUGGAGGCUGUGCAUAAGUUUGUGCUGGGAUAUUGCACAUCGGUGGGCUACGCUGUGGUAAUUGGGCGAUCGAAGAAGACCGUGCCGGGGUUGAAGAAGGUCCUCUUCGUGUGUGACCGGGCAGGCAAGCCUCCACGGCGUGUCAGCCCGGAGCAGCGGAAGCGGAAGACGUCAUCACGGAAGUGCGACUGUCAGUUCGGAUUUUUCGCUAUCGAGCAGCGGACGCAAUGGACGGUACGAUACCGGCCGGAUACGAGUCACUUGAAACACAACCACGGUCCCAGCGAGAGCCCUGUACUCCAUCCGGCUGCCCGGAAACUGGACAGCAACAUGGUGGCAGCCGUGAAGGCCCUGAAGGACGACGGUGCGUUACCUGCUGCGACCCCCACUACCACUACCAAGCCCAGAGCCAAGCCCAAGUCCAAAACCACCCCGUUGAAGAAGGGAGCAGCAAGUGCCAGUGCAGGAGCGGGAGUUGGAGCAGCGGCGGAAGGAGCGGGAGACUCAGAAGAAAAAAUGACAGAAGGUGCCAGUGGUUCUAACGCUUCGGUUACAGGCGUCGGAGUGAGCCAGACACUUGAGAUUCUGCAGACGGAGAACCCCCAUGUGCCACUGCUGCCGCGAGACAUCUACAAUGCCCGUGCUGCGAUCACGCGGAACCCAAACAAGGUGGCAUCGGCGAUCGCGGAAAAUCGACCGGCCAUUUAUAGCAAGCCGCCGCCGACCGCCGAUGAGCGCAUUAAGACCGACCUACGGCGCGAGCUGGCGCAGGCCAAAGACGAACUCGCAAAGUACAAGGAAGACACGCAAAAGGAGAUUGACGAGCUCAAGCGGAAACUGGAAGAAAAGGACCAGGUCAUCCAGCGGUUUGAGAUGUUUAUUGACAUCUGCAACCAGCGUGUCAUCUUGCAGCGGGAACGGCUGUCCGACAACAACGAUGGUGCGGGUGGGCCGAACCUUGCCGCAUAG